GGUGUUCCGCCAGCAGAGAAGAAGGAUGUAGCGAAAUGAUGACGUAAUUUCUCUGUCCAUUGCUGUCGUAUUCUCAUCAUUACCGUUUAAUCCGCAUCUUUGGGCAGAGCUCAAAGUCAAAGAAAAGAUUUCCUGUAAAUACUGACUGAAGGCACUUCAUCGCUAAACACCAUGGCUGUAGCAGGAGGCUUGAAGUGUGUGAAGUUCCUCUUGUUCUUCUUCAACUUCCUGUUUUGGCUGUGUGGCAUCACUCUGAUAGUGGUGGGCGUCCUGGUGCAGGUUGCUCUGCACAACACGGCAGUGAUGAAGAACGCCUCGAGCUCUGUCGCGCCCCUGGUUGUGAUCGGGGUGGGGGUCGUCAUCUUCUUCGUCUCCUUCUUCGGGUGCUGUGGGGCCUGGAAAGAGAGCUACUGCAUGGUCACCACGUUCGCCAUCCUGGUCUCCAUCAUCAUCAUCAUCGAGAUUGCCGCUGCUAUAGGCGGUUACAUCUUCUGGGGCAAGCUGAGCGGCAUUGUUAACGACGAGCUCAAAGACAUGAUCUCCAAAUACAAGAAUGGCACUCGCGACUUCAGGAAGAGCAUAGACAACCUGCAGAAGUGCCUGAAUUGCUGUGGGAUGAACUCGACGGCGGACUGGAAAUACUUAAGAAAAGACAAGACUUCUGUGCCCGACUCCUGCUGCAAGAACAUUACCCAAGGCUGUGGGAAUGGAAACAUGCACAACGACGUGGUAGUGUACCAAAAGGGUUGCCGGAUUGCCUUGGAAGCCUUCUUGAGGAAGAACGUGCUGUGGGUGGUAAUUGCAGCUCUUGUGAUUGCUUUCUUGCAGAUCAUGGGAGUGGUGUUUGCCUGUCUGCUCAUGAAGGGGAUUCGCAGUGGCUAUGAGGUCAUGUGAGGUCAUGUGAAGGUGGUCUGAUGAUGUCACAGGAAAUCUGAAGAAAAUUGCUCUAUUCUUCUAGUAAAAUUUUGCUUGGGUAAUUUUAACAGCAGCUCUUUAGCACAUUUUCAUUUUAAAUUGUCUGACAUUUCUGUUGUAAUGUUGUAAAAGAUUGACACCUUUAGCUUUAUAUAGUCGAUGUUAUAAAAUAAUUUAAUUUGUGACCAGUGAGCAAACAAACAUUUUAGUCAGGUAAAAUAUCUGCCUUUUGGUUUCCUUUUUUUUUUUUCAUUAAAAGAGAAAUUUGUUUUGCAUUUAUAGCCAGAAUGUUAAUAUUUUCUUCUGUAAUUAAAUGAAUCUCAGCUUCUUUUUAAAAUCAUAAUUGUGGUACUUUCGAAUCGGUACUUUUCUCAUCAAAUCUGUACAGAACUCUUGAUUUUUUUAGUUUAUUUGUUUUAAUGAAUUAAAUUAAAUAUUUUAACUUGGUACCUCU